AGUUCAAAACAGGAAGUGGUCCUAUCUGCUGAAGACGAGCUAGCACACAUGCUGCUACGUUAUUUUAAUAACACUGAACAGGAAUGGGUGUAAAAGGCUUGCAGUAUUUUAUGGAGAAAUGUUGUCCAGAAACCUGUGUGAUGGUGGACUUCAGGGAGAUGGCAAGGCAGCAUGUCAACAGUCACCAACAGGGCAGUAGCACCCCUCUUCCUACACUGGUGGUGGAUGGCAUGGCCUGUCUGAGGCACUGGUACAGUUGUCAAGCUUGGGUGUAUGGUGGUCAGUGGAAAGAGUAUAUGCAUUGCCUGAAGAAGUUUGUGGGUGCAUUCAUGACUGCAGGUAUCCGACUUGUGUUUUUCUUCGACGGGGUAGUGGAAGAAGAAAAACGGGCGGAGUGGGUGAAUCGGCGACUGAAGGUCAACGAGGAGGUUGCCAGGGUGUUCCACUAUUUAAAGUAUCAUGGUCAACAGCCUGGCCGGGAGCUGUUCUGCCUCCCCUCAGGGCUGGCCACCUUCUCUCGCUUUGCCCUCAAGUCUCUGGGCCAGGAGACCUGGUGCUCUGUUCGCGAGGCUGACUAUGAGAUCGCCAGCUUUGCCCUCCGUCACAACUGUAUGGGCAUCCUGGGGCAGGACACAGACUUCAUCAUCUAUGACUCAGUCCCCUAUCUGUCUGUGGCUCAGCUAAGGCUAGACACCAUGACCACAGUGCUGUUUUCCACAGACAAAUUGUGCCACGCCCUCCAACUGCAGAAGAGUGAGCUCCCUCUGCUCGCGUGUCUCCUUGGUAAUGACGUGGUGCCAGAGCAGCGGAUGCAGCGGCUGCGUAGCGAUGCCUUGGCAGCUUACAGGAGGAAAUAUCCACAGUCUCCAACUCAAGGGGAGAAGAUUUAUGCUGUAGCAGAUUUCAUCAGUAGCAACAAGCUGUCCAGAGAGGGAGCCCAUGGUGUUAGCUGUCUGCCUCUAACAGAUAGAGAGGUUCUGGAGAAAGGAGUACAGUACUAUCUACUUCCUGGUCAACAGCCGCUAUGGGACAUUAGUGAUACUUCUCCUCGUAGCCCUGUGUGUCUGAUGAAGAGCUACUUGAGUCCUGACAUCCUCCAGGCAGCCAAAGAAAAGCACAUGCGAGCAGAGAGUUUUAUGGUAUACAAUGUACUGUAUGAUGGUGUGGUGGAAUGCAGUAAUACACUUGAAGACAGGGAGGAUGCUGAGCUCACUCCACAGGCAAUUGUUUAUCAAUCUUGCAGAGAACGCAUCUACGGCAUUCUGUUACCCACAAAUCCAGACAGUAGUGGACGGGCCCCAACUGUGAGGGAAUGGUUUGUUUUUCCUGGAAACCCACUAAAGGAUCCCAAAGUAGUCUCUCCCUUGCCCCUGAACCACUCUGAUUUGAAGCGUUUAUGGUUUGGGAAGGACUCCGAAACAAAAUGCCUCCGCAUCUCCACCUUCUUGGCUAUAUUUGAGUUGGAUGAAUUCUCAGUGGAGCAUGAUCGUCUGGAUGGCUCUUUGAUGGCUGUGCUGUGCCUUGUGACCUACAUUGCCUUGCAGGUGGGCCACCUCUCCUUGGAAGACAUAGAUGCAUAUCUCAGCCAAGCUAUCUGUGUUAGGUACAAAUCCUACACAGAACUGCUUCACACAAGGGUCUCUCAUGUGGAGCCCCGGGCGGUUCAGCUGGGCUCUCUGUUUGUCCGAGGGCUGACCCACCUGGUGGCCGCCAACAGUGCUUGUGGAUGCCCCUUCCCCAUGGAACAGUUGAUGCCCUGGAACACCUUUGACGGCCUGCUCUUCCACUCAAAGUACCUGCUGGCUCACUCAGGGAGGCCACAGGAGGAGCUGCUGGAGGGCAAUGCAUCCUGGGUGUCCCUGUUCCGUUUUCUGAGAGAGCUGGUCCUGGGAAUCUGCAGCAGGCGUGGCCAGACCAUCCAGUCCAAACCACGGAUAACACAUCCCGGGAAGCAUGUGGAUCACAGCGAGCAGUGGAGGGAAAGACGAGCCCCAUCGGGACAGCAUGGUCCCUCUCCUCAACGCUACAGACCCCAGACCAUAUCCCCAUCAGGACAGCAUGGUCCCUCUCCUCAACACUACAGACCCCAGACCAGAUCCCCAUCAGGACAGCAUGGUCCCCCUCCUCAACACUACAGACCCCAGAGCAGAGGUCCUAGAGCACAGGCACAUGAACACAACAGACCAAGAUCAACACAUCCAAACAGGAGGAGAUACCACCUGGCACCUAGGUGGCAGAACCCCCAUCAUGAUUUCCCCUGACUGUCAGUGUUGAGUGGACAUGCCUUAUGGGACCAUCUUACACAAUUGCCCUGUUAAGAGCAGCACAGCCCAACACACUCAGUGGAUGUGUCUGAUAUUAGACUGACUUGUGUUGAACUUUGUGAACACAGUUUGUGUUACCAUAACCUCACUAUCAGUUGGAUUGGCUUGGAGAAAUGUAGGUCAUGUAACUGUAUGAGAUAUUGGUUGCAAUAGGAGAGGAUAUGCGUCACAAGGAGAGGAAAAAGGGCUUAGUAGGUGAAAGAGGACCUGAGGGUGCAGUUACAUUUCACUUGGUUUAGCAUCUGAAAUCCCAGUAAGCAUUGACAUACCAAAAUAAGAAGGGAUAGGUGAGAGUGGGGUAAGUUGAGCCGCCCUUGUUUCUAGGAAACAAGACACAAAAUGUGUCAUUUUGACCAAAUGUUUAGGAAGAGGUCAUUUAAUGUCUGUGAGGGAAGAAACCACAAGAAACCAAGUGGUAAGCAAGUUGGGUCCUCCAAGUCAAAUUUAUUUAAUGUGUUAGGUUUAGGUACAAGCAUCAUGAAAAUUCUAACUAGAUACUUUUAAGAUUGUUCCAUACGUCAGUUGAGGUCUGUAUAAGCUUCAAUAUGAGGUCCUACACCUAGCAUAAAAGUGCAUCCUUGUAGCUGUGUGGGCUAAUAUAGUCAAAUUGUUUGCCUUGGGGUAAAUUGAGCCAAUGGUUGAGGCAAUGGCCAGUUGAGCAAAUUUAAGUAUUUUCUUCCCUGGUGUAAUGCAAGGCAUUAUCACUGGGGAUAUGAGAUGACAACAAGGCCUAUGUUAAAAGUGUUUUAACAAGUACAAAGUGUUUGUUAGGUGCUAAACCUGUGUUUUAAAAUAUGCUUUAAAUUAUUUUAAUGUGAUUGUGAUUGGGUUGAAUUGUGUUUGGUAAAUAAAAAUAGACAUGGUUUUAUAAGGGUAGUGGUAAUAUUUAAUUUGGUACAGAAAUGUGUAGGCGGCUUAACUUUACCCUGGCCUGUGGCUCAACUUACCCCAUGCCCGGGGUAAGUUGUGCCAAGAGAGCACUUUUUUGUUCUUGUAUUUAUGUACUUUUUACAUGAAUACUGAUUAUUAUCAUGGAUACACAAUAUCCUGAAAUAUAUGUAGAUAAUUGUUUGAAAGAACACUGUAUUUCCCUUGAUAGAGAUGCUGAAUAUUUUUUUUAAAUGGCUCAAUUGACCCCACUUUCUUACCCCUACAUUUUCUCCCUCCCAAUUGAGCCUAGGAUGUUAGUCUGGGGCCAGUGGGAUCUGAGGUAGUGUUCAAGUUACUCUGAAUCUGAGCAAACUCCAAAGCAUCACUACAGAGAUGUGGUGAGAGAUGACUUGACUUUGUUGAUGUAUUUAUAUCAAGUAUCACUUAGGGUAUUUUAUAAUUUCAAUGUAAUUUACUGUGAUUAUUCACACAGAUGUGAUUGUCAUCAUUUUCAAAAUGUCACAUUUCAAAAGAAGUCAUAGACCCUGAGCAAGAGCAACAUCCAAUGCUAUCAAAACCAACUACCAUGCUCCACUGCCAUUAUCAGUGUUUAGAAUGCUGCCACAUUCCCGACAGAAGGCAGCGAGCAGCGCUAGGCUUACACUGUGAAUCUCUGGGGCUACCCAUGGGGAGAGAGUGUUUGGGUCUAUCUGAGCUGGGUGAUGACAUGCAUGGUGUACCAUGCAGGGCCUCCCUAUUCCUGACAAGGAGAACACCUGCUACAAGUGGUAAUUCACAUUCCCUGGUCAAAGUAGUCAAAGUACAGCUUUUUCCUCUUAUCUGUAGAAAA